GUUUAAAAUUUUCUGAAGAUAUAUGAUAUACUGUCCAAAUUUAUCCAUAAGAAUAAGGAACAAGGAAAACUUGAGCAAGCUAAAGGAAAAAUAAUGAAAUGAGAAGCAAAUUUGUUUGAAAAAACUCGUCCCCAAGGUAAUGAAUCCCAAAAAAUGAAUCCAGCCUGCAGAGUGAGCCUGGAGAGCACGGAGUGCCAGGAGUGGAUGAACGAGGUGUGCGCCCACUGCGCCCAUCUGCUGCCCAGUGCGGAGCAGGCGGAGCUCUGGGACAAAUGGUGGGCGGACGACCUGCCCGCUCCCUUCAAGAACCGCGUUAACCUGAUGACCGCCUACGAUUGCCACAAGUUGCGCAAGGAUGUGGCCCGCCAGGUGGCGGCUCUCGGGGAUCAGGAGCGGUACGAGGGCGCCAACGACCACGACUGGUGGUCCGUCUAUCGGGAUAUCCUCAUGAUCCCGGUGUUGGUUUCCGUGCUGAUCGCUAUUGUGUGCGCCCUUCGAAUCCUCUGCAAUGCCCUCCAGCGUUGUUCAACACCAAUGCGCAUGGAAUAUCCUCCUCCGGCGGAGUUGAAGCCUGAGAAAGGGCAAACAACACCGUCCACGCCAACUGAUGUGGUGAGCCCGCCCCGAAAAGAUCCCAACAAGCCGUCCAAGUCGUCCAAGCCGUCCAAGCUGCCCAAGUCCUUCAUCUCCUUUGGCCGAAACACCGAUCCGCGCACCCGUUUCGGUCCCUACAAGCACCAGAAGCUGCUGAAGACCUCCUCCCUGCAGGAGCUCCAGCACCAGUUGAAAGCAAAGCCAGUACCCCGACCGGCGGAGAAAAGCGACCAGCACUCCGAACAGCAAUCGACGGAAAACAAAUCGGCCACAAAAUAACCGUCGAGGGAGCGCUGGCCAAAAAAUCGAAAACAAAUCCGAAGGCUGUCGAAGCUGUGCUCAAUCGCGGAUAAGAUUUAUGAAAUGUGUUCCGCCCCGAUUUGUUCUCGUUUUCCUGGUUUGCCUCUAGUUGGUUUGCGUUUCCCUUUUUUAUGUAGCCGUUCAGCGGCGAAACACAAAAACAAAUAAAUAUUGAAGCGGAGGUACAGUGGUUUUCGAAUGGCUCAAAAGCCUUACCAAAGUGCUGUCCUAAACUAAAAAUA